AUGGCGUCCUGCGCGGCACGACACGUGGCUGCUGUCGCGACGUCCUACUCGCGCGACUCUUCGCUGCGCGACAGUGACGCCAACGAUUCGCUGAAGGCAAUCCUCCAUGCGGCUUUUUCCGCUGCUGUCGCCGUCAGCAGUGACGCCACACCUCAAUCCCCCGCCGCCGCGAAAACCGCCGCUGAAGGCGCCGCUUGUGAGGCCCCCGUCGUUCUAGUUCGCGCGGGAACGUUGGCGACGCGACGAAAACUGAAGUGCGGUUCGCUGCGCCUUGACGUGUCCCUUCAAGUUGACGAUCACGGCGGCGGCGCCGUCGAUGAUGUAGUUGACGUAGCUGAUUUGGACGGUCGCUGCGGCAUUGACGGCGCGAAUGACGAUCAUUUCUCCUUCGAGACGCCGUGGCAGGCGACGGUAGUACCAGCAAUUGUGACGACGGCGACGUCGCCAACGAUCGCAUGGUCGUCGCACGGGCGACAGUUCCGAAAGUCGUCCUCCGCGUCAUCCGCUCCCCUCUCCGUCGCCGACGGGAGCGCCAAUCAUGCGAACGACGCGGCGUUGCAGUCUUACUUCGCAGCAGCGGCAGCUGCAUCGCUGGCAGCCGCGGCGUUUCCGCGAGCGGCGUCUGCUGGCGCCGCGUAUGACAAGCCUUCGCGCAGCCCACUCUCUUCACUCACGAUCGCCCCCCCCUCCCCACCGCUCGGUGCGCAGCAGAUCUCGCCGGCGGAUGCGGCGGCUCGUCACGCGGACUAUCCACGUGGCGCCAUCUCGCAAAAGCCUCAGCGCCGCAAGCGGCAGAAUCUUCUUCACAAACCAGCCGCGGAGGCACACGCUGCUGCGCGGCAGCUCGCAGCACCACAGGCAGCUGCGGCGCAGCUCGCGGAGUUUGCGCGCGGGGGGCUGCUCUCCCUUGUUACUCCCUUCGGUGCGGCUCCCUGUGCUGCCUGUACUCGCUAUAGCCUGAGGCGCUUUGCAGCAGCAGCAGCAGCAGCAGCAGCAGCAGCAGCAGCAGCAGCAGCAGCAGCAGCAGCAGCGGUGAUUACCGGAGGCAGAGCUUCACUGGCGGUGACAGUCGUGGUGGUGUUGCUGCUGGAGUCGCAAGCUGCGGCGGUGAGACAGAGGCCGGUAGGGGCGUAUCCCGCAGCCAAAGCUGGAGCGGUGCACAUCGUCCACUCUUUGCUCCUAGCGGAUGGACGUGUGCCGCGAGUGUGCGACCCCGCGUUACAGCCACACAGCGGUUCCGCUAAGGGAGGCAAGUUGGACGGAGGCCAUGUCGUCAUGAAGCCACCCGGUACUAAGUCCGCUGCGCGGUCGAUCCGCCAGCAGAAGCGGCGGCGCGUGCCGUUGUCUACCAUUGCUAUAGUCACAACAUGCGCCGCGCUUUUCUUCGUAUCCGUCAUUUUCCGCCGAACGGUGUCCCGCGCCGCUGCUGGUGCGGAUAACGAAAUCAACGACAGCCAUGACAUUAGAACUAGUCGCGGGUUAGUAACAGACUCAGGCCGGCAGGUUCAGUUAACGUCACCGUCAACGUCGUUGGGUUUCUCCUCACCAGAUUCUCUCCUGAGAGGCACAAGUAGCGUCGCAGGAACUUCAGGAGCCGCCGACCAAUCAGGUGACUCCGGCGACGGAAGCGCUGUCGUCGCUGGUCCGCGGCGGGUGACUGGUUCUGGUGACGAAAUCGCAGAAAGCGGGCUGGACACGGAUGGCGGGAAAGGGGGCGGAAAUGACAAUUUCCAUAACGAUGAUGACAAUAACGAAGCCUCUAACUGGGCGAAGCUUUUGGAGGAAAAGCCUCGUACCGCAGGCAGCAACAGUGGCCACCUAACAGCUGCUGCAGCAGCGGCCGCUGCUGACGACGACGGUUCCGAUGCUGACGUGGCCGCGGACGACGCGGAGCACGAGAGCGCGACUCCCGCGAAGCUUCCUGUCCGUUUCCUCCCGCUGACGCACGACAUGGGGGACGAGGAGCUCUUCUGGCGCGCAUCCAUGGUCCCCCUGCGCCGCCGCACCCGCCCGCGCGGAGCUGGCGCGGGCGUUGGAGCGGAGGGGGAAGGCGGAGGCGCGGGCGGAGGGGGAAGGCGCAGUAUAGGGCCUGCGAAAGUAGCGCUACUGUUUUACAGCGCGGGAACGAUGCCGUUUGCCCCGCUGUGGGCCAGAUGGUUAGAGGGGCAUGAGGACCGAGUGUCAGUCUAUGUGUUAACUGACGAGACGAAGAUAGAUAAAUCGUUAUUUCCCCCUAUUUUCCGGGGUAGAUUCGUGCCGAACAGGUCCCCUGGCGAGCCCGCUUCGGCCGAUUCGAAGACUGUACACAUGAGCACAGUGGACGGCAUGCGUCGUCUGCUAGCGAACGCGCUUUUGGACUUUUCUAACGAGCGGUUCGUGACUAUAUGCGAGCUCUGCAUCCCUAUCCAUAACUUCACAUUCGUCUACUCGUACCUCAUCUCUCCUCAUCACUCCGCCGCCCUCUCCUCUCCCUCCACCUUGUUUCAACCCAAGUCACUGACUUCCUCUGGGUUACAUCUCGCCGGUACGGUUCCAUCUGCGCCGCGUAGUUACAUCCCGUCGAACGACGUGUCAGGGGAGGGCGGGAGGGAUCGUUUCAACCCCAAUUGCUUUGAGCCGAUGCUGAGUGUGGAGCAGUGGAGGAAGGGAGGGGCGUGGAUUGGACUCACUCGGAGGCUUGCCGUGCAGGUAAUAUCAGACAGCAAGUUUUAUGACAAAUUCGCGGCCUGCUGUGUGCCGGUGCGAGGGGUCUUCCCGGCCUGCUUCCCCUCAGAGCACUACCUCCCCUCCAUCCUCACCUCUGAUCUCGUUUCUCUCAUGCGCCACUGCCAUUUCGGCAACCUCUGCCAUCUCUUUGCCGGCCACUCCCACCUCUCCGCUAUCCAACCCUUAUGCACACUGUCCCUUGUUUCCCCCUACCCUUUCUUCCCUUUCCUCGCACUCCAGCCCACCUCUGAUCUCGUGUCUCUCAUGCGCCACUGCCACUUCGGCAACUCUGCCAUCUCUUUGCCGCUCACCCCUGAUCUCGUUUCUCUCAUGCGCCACUGCCACUUCGGCAACCUCUGCCAUCUCUUUGCCGGCCAUUUCCACCCCUCAGCCCUCUCCCGAGCGCUCUCUCUUGGACCGAAGCUUGGGUUGUGGGAGGCGAGGAGUGAUGAACGACGAUGA